AUGGAGAGCAGAAAGAAUUUAAAAGAACUUGAAAACAUAAAAAUAGAAAACAAGUGAGACUUGCUUCUUUUUCAAAUCAUCACUAUUACUAGUGAUAUCAAUAGCAAACUCAAAGAAAUAGAAAGCAGUUUAAACAUUAUAAAUAUCUUAAUAGAUGAGAUAGCUGAGAUUUUGAGUAGACCAAGCGGUCCCUUCAAACCACGCCUCUUUCAAUAG